AUGAACAGAAACCGUCAACAUAUACCAGAUGCUGCGAAACAGCAGUGGGUUACCAUGUCCACACAUGGCAUGACAUCAAAGGCCAUAGCACAAGUGACGGGAUGCAGCCAUCGAACAGUCAAUCGUGUUCUUCAGCUCUCACAACUCACAGGCUCUGUUGUUCAAAAACCUCUGGAAAGCGGUCAUCCUCGUCUACUUACAGCACAGGACUUUACAUACCUCAUCUCACAUAUUGAAUGCACUCCUGACAUAUUUCUAUCUGAACUACAAAGUGCACUACGGGAGGUGAGGGGUAUUGAGGUAUCCCUUGCCACUAUCGAACAAAUGCUGCAUAGGCAUGGUUUGUCACACAAGCGGGUAUGUACUAGUAAACUAUGUUUGUGCAUAUAA